UGCUGUGAACUGUUUAAGUUUAAAUUCGGAAGACAUCAAAUGCCAUUCGGUGAUGACACUAAAAAUAAACCAAUCGCAAUGCUGCUUCAGAGAUGGCAGACGAAACAAAACGGUCAGUUUGUGCAAGCGCGGUUGGUUUCGAUAGAAUUUUACUGCAUCUGCGCAGAAAGCUUAUGAGAAUAUCUGACUUAAACUUCGGGAAGCUAUGAUGCGCGGCAGUGACUCAAAAUAACUUUCGCCAACGAGGUUCGAAUGUUCGAGUUUUGAGCUUUUUCAGUUGAGCGCACGCCCGCGCAAAUCGCGAGUUAAUAAGCAAACAAAAUGUGACUGACCAGUGACCACGUGGCGAAUUUAAUAAUAAUAAAAAUGAAAACAAAACGUUCUGAGUAGAUAAAAACAAAAUGCAAAUAAUAAAAUUCUUUGUGUGUGUUUUAUUCUUCGUCAAUUUGUGUCAAAAGUGUAAUUCUGUAGAAAAACUGAAAAUAGGUGGAAUUUUUAAUAUUUCUGAAGAAAGUGAAGAGAUUGCUUUUCGACAUGCUGUUAGAAUGGCAAAUAACUAUAAUCAAAAUUACAAACUUUUUCUAACAUCCGAAACAGUUUUCGUUGAUCACACUGAUGUGCUUAAAACAAGUAAAGCUGCUUGUCAACUACUCCAAACACAGGUGGUUGCAUUAUUUGGACCUAGUUCUAGUAUAUCAUCACCACAUGUGCAAUCAAUGUGUGAUAAUAAAGAAAUGCCACACAUAGAAACUCAUUGGGAUACGAGAAAAUCAACGAGUUCAGAAAGAAAUCUCUUAAAUUUACAUCCACAUCCACAAACACUCGCAAAAGUCUAUGUUGACAUCGUCAGAGCUUACAAAUGGAAAAGAUUUACUAUUCUGUAUGACACAGAUGCCUCAUUAGCACAAGUUGACGAGUUACUGACGAGUAACGAACAAGAAUUUCAAGUACAAAUUCGCCAACUGGAUUUAGACAACUCCUGGAGUUACAGAACUGUUUUAAAUCUUAUUAAAAAAAGCGGAGAAGUAAAUUUUGUUCUUGCAUGUGAAAUUGAUGUUUUGGAAGACUUUUUAUUACAAGCGCAACACGUUGGGAUAAUUACAGAACGUUUUAAUUACUUAAUAAUGAAUUUAGACAUGCAUACAUUAGAUAUGGCGGCGUAUCAAUAUGCUGGUUGCAAUAUUACCGGAGUUAGAUUACUAGACCCUGAACUUAAUGAUGUAAUAGAAGUUGCCGAUAGUCUCUCGCGAAUCAAACAAAAACUCGGAAAACCAGUCGAGCUGGCCAGCCAUCUUGCCGCAUGGAAAAUAAACGUAAAAACAGCGCUACUCAUCGACGCUGUGUCAUUGUUCUACGAAACACUAAAAGAUUUUCAUGAGGCGAAGCAGUUUGAACCAAAAACACUCUUUUGUAACGCGACGGAUAACUGGGAGCAUGGUUACAGCAUUAUAAACAACAUGAAAACUCGCAUCUGGAAUGGUUUAACAGGGCAUAUUAAAUUUGAUCAUCAUGGAGUGCGCAGUGAGUUUCUUUUGGAUAUGGUGGAGUUAACAGAAGGAGGAUUGAUUAAGAUAGGCACGUGGAAUUCUACAGACGGGUUAAAUAUUACACGGUCAUAUCGUGGGGAUGACUUAAGUCACUUGGAAGAAGAAGGAAUUCUUCAAAAUAAGUCGUUUAUAGUUAUAACAGCGUUGACGGAACCGUAUGGGUUUUUAACUGAAACUACUACACAAUUAUCUGGGAAUGAUAGAUUUGAAGGGUUUGGUAUUGAUUUGAUACAUGAAUUAUCCUUGAUGUUGGGUUUUAAUUACACUUUUGUGAUACAAGAAGACGGAGCUAAUGGGAAUUACAACCGAGAGACAAAACAGUGGAAUGGGAUGAUACGCGAGAUAAUAGAUGGCAGGGCGCAUUUAGCUAUAACAGAUUUGACAAUUACCUCAGAAAGACAAGGAGCUGUUGAUUUUACAAUGCCUUUCAUGAAUCUUGGAAUUAGUAUUCUAUACCGGAAACCGGAACCGGUUCCUCCUAGUUUAUUCACGUUUGCGUCGCCUUUUUCCAUACAAGUAUGGAUGUUACUAGGAGUGGCAUACUUUUUUGUUUCUUUCAGUUUAUUUCUCAUAGGGAGGUUAUGUCCUAGCGAAUGGACUAAUCCUUAUCCAUGCGUGGAAGAACCUGAAUUUUUGAUCAAUCAAUUUACAAUGAAGAAUUCUUUAUGGUUUACUAUUGGGAGUUUGAUGCAGCAAGGAACAGAAAUUGCUCCAAUUGGAAUAUCAACAAGAAUGGUAGCUGGCAUCUGGUGGUUCUUCACUUUGAUUAUGGUCUCAUCAUACACUGCUAAUUUAGCAGCUUUCUUAACUAUAGAAACUUUGGUAACAUCUUUUAAGAAUAUAGACGAACUUGCACGUCAGACUGAAAUCAAAUAUGGUGCUAAGACAGAUGGAGCCACUUCAAACUUUUUCAGAGACUCUGAACUUGACACAUACAGAACAAUAUGGAAAUACAUGUAUCACCAUCCUGAUGUGAUGACUUCCGACAAUGACAUUGGUGUUCGACGAGUAGAAAAUGAAAACUACGCAUUUCUAAUGGAAUCAACUACGAUUGAAUACAUGGUUGAGAGGCACUGUACUCUAGCUCAAGUUGGAGGUCUUCUAGAUGACAAAGGCUAUGGUAUUGCAAUGAAAAAAGACUCAAAAUACCGCAAUAUACUAAGUGCCGCGGUGUUAAAACUGCAAGAAACCGGAAAACUCACAGCGUUGAAAAUAAAAUGGUGGAAAGAAAAACGUGGCGGUGGAAAUUGCGCUAGUGGUGCAGCUGGCGGCCAAGCAACGCCUCUAGACUUGAAAAACGUGGAAGGUGUCUUCUUCAUCCUCACAGUCGGUACCAUUUUGAGUUUCCUCGGCACAUUCAUCGAACUCGCGGUGCAUAUUCUCCACAACAAUUACAAAAACAAACGGAAACUGAACGACAACUUUAAAGAAACGUACAUGAACGAAUUGCGGUUUAUAUUUAAGUUUAAAGAACGCGUUAAGAGGUUACAACCUGCCGCGUUGACCGACAACAGCAGUACGACUGACAGCAACGAGUUGAUGCAAGAUCCAGCAAGGUCAGAAGAACUGGAAGUGGUUACUGAUAACCAGACAAGCAGAAAACGUAAACAAUCCAAAUAAGUAGGUAAAUUAAAACUGGGAUGAACCGACGUGGAAAAAUAGUUGUAACACGUGUUGGUGUCAUAAAGUGAAAAAUGAGUGUCGCGUAAAAAUGCAUUUAUACACACAGUUAACGUGACAUUUAUUGAUGUUCUUUUCUGUUUUUUCGUCUGCAACAAUAAAGUGGAUUUUAUAUGGAAUAA